UAUGGGGUCAUCAUACUGUAUGUGAAAUGUUGCAGUGGACCCUGUUUGGCAAACAGAUUUAGACACAGGAUCCGGGUGUUCCAGGAGGAAACGGGUUUGUUGUGGUCUGUAAACGUGUCUGCUUCAGAGACAGCUUGACAACACCUGAUCUGCUGUUCCCAGUGGAGCGGACAGCAGCGCACGAGGCCAGCCAUGUUAGCUAUACCAGUUGCAAGGUCAAGGUCUGGACAACAGCUCACUAUUGGCUUUGUCUGAGCUCUGGAGCUGCAGCAGAUUCUCAAGAAAACUAUACAUUACUUUCCCACAGCUGGCUCUGCAACAUAUCACUUACAGUGUGGUUAAUAUUUAAGGAAAUCAGCCAGUGCAGGAAAACUGUAACUUUAGGAAGGUUUUAUUUGCAGUUUUUUAAAGAACAUGUUGGAAAGCAUUAGUGUGUGUGCAUGUGUGUACUUAGAAUACCACAAAAUCAUGUCACAUUGCAUUACAAUAUAUAUAUUCUAACUAUUAUAUGGUAUCCACACUAAUAGAUAAAAUGUGUUUUUAGUGUCGUAAUGAAUUCAGAGUAUCAUUUACCUUUCAAAUUGGAAAUUAUUCCCUUUUCAAAUUCACCUCUAUCUCAAAAACACAUCAUUCUUCAGCGCAGAUAAUGACAGAAAGGCUGCGUCUGUGACUCUGACAUUUCACUUAAACAUUACUUUAAGAAACAUUUAUUAUCAAAAUAACUUACUCACAAGCGAGGGACUGUGCAGACUACAGCCAGCCGAGUCGUAAUUGAAUUUUGGUUGCAGUUCUGUUUGCUCGUUUGAGCGCACAAAAGAAACAAAAAUUCAUGCAAUAACGUUUGGAUGUAAAACAUCAUUUCUAAAUAGAUUUUAAUGAAAAACGUGCAACAUGGACUUUUUCGGUAAUUGUAGUGGGAUGAUUUAAUUAUUCCAUAUUUUUCCAUAAGGCUGUACGUUUCAAAUCAACAGAUAGAGUUUAUUUAGUUUCAGCGUUUGGAACAAUGAUGCCACCUCUGCCAUUCCUUUGGACCAAUAGUAUGAGUGUGUGUAUCUUUCCUAUGUCUUAAUAAUAAAAUAUAAAAUAGCUUAAAAUACAUGAAUGUCUAGGUCAUUGUGGUCUUUUUACUCUAUUUUUACUUCAGUUAUAGUCAUUGCCAAAACUUCUAUAGACCUUCAUUAUUUUAUGACAAAUUAUAAAAUAAUGAUUUACACUGUCAGACACUACAAAUCAUAUACAUUGUGUUAAAAGUAGGUAAAACUAAUUCAAAUUCGUUUGUAAAAGAUUUUGUUUGUAAAGAAGAAAUAAAACUGGAUAAUGGAGUAAAAGUUUGGUUUCACUGUAAGAAAAAGUUCUCUAAUCCAAAAACUGAUUUUACAAAAGAUCUUAUUUGUACCAGCGUAACCUUUCUGCUCUAACAGAAGUUUUAUAGUCAUGUAAAAAAUUUAUAGAAUAAUUGGUGACAUGAAAAUAGCGGCUACCACUGAGCAUGAUAAGGUCACUACAAAUUAUCCUUUGAGAACUUGAGGAAUCUGAAGGAAUUUUAUGGGAGUUUGAUACCAGAACAGCUGUAAUCGGCUAUUCAUCAUCACAGACACACUCUAACUCACUUCAGCUCCCUUUGGGAAUAUUACAGGACUAUUCCAGAGCUUUUUCAGUAGGAUAUCAAUCCAACAACAUUUCAUUAUAACGUUUCCGAGCGGCUUUGCUCUGGUCCCGGUGCAGCGUGCUUUCUUAUGCUAAUGCGGUUCUGACAUCAGCAGUGAGAUCAAAGCGGGGCAGGGGUACUUUAGAGCUGAUCUGCCCCCACUCAGGCUCACUCUCUCUCCUCUUCUCUCUCUCACACACACUCACACACUCACCGCUCUGAAAACACACCAUGCGUACCUGUGCGGAGCUAUUCUACCACCCCACGCUGGAUUUUACUCACGCGUCUGGCUGAUAGCGACACAGACAACUCUCUGAAAGGAUAUUUCGACCUGCUGAGAUUUGAUUUUUUUCCACUGGUGUUGUUUCAUUGAACGGUGAACGCCGUGCAGAGGAUUUGGAAGAGGAGACCGUGCCAUGACAGUCGACUUUUGAGUUUGAGCCAAGAAGCCCAACAGCUCUUUGUAUUUGUGUCCUGUGUGAACUGGAAUCACUGUCCAACCAUGAGGAGCAGCUCUCAUGUCCUGCCUCUUGGUGUGCUCACUGCUCUGCUGCUGUCUCAGGUCUGCUCUGGCAUCAAAUGGCUAGCGCUAUCACACAUGCCUGCAUCUUUACACAUCAACCAGACCCAACAUUGUAAGCUGCUGCCCGGCCUGGUGUCCUCCCAAGCUCAGCUGUGCCGCACCAACAUGGAGCUCAUGCAAACCAUUAUCCAAGCUGCCCGUGAGGUCAAGAAAACAUGUCAGAAGUCCUUUUCUGAUAUGCGUUGGAACUGCUCCUCCAUAGACAUCCCUCUUGAUGCCCCGAAGUAUCGGCCAGACCUCGACCGAGGAACAAGGGAGGCUGCGUUUGUCUACGCCCUCUCUGCAGCAACCAUCAGCCACACCAUAGCACGGGCGUGCACUUCUGGAGAUUUGCGGCUGUGCUCGUGUGGUCCUAUUCCUGCGGAGAUCCCAGAGCCUGGCUACCGCUGGGGUGGCUGCGCUGACAACCUGCACUACGGUUUGAUGAUGGGAUCCAAGUUCUCUGAUGCUCCCAUGAAGAUGAAGCGCUCAGGCUCCCAUGCCAACAAACUGAUGCACCUACACAACAGUGAAGUUGGGAGACAAGUAUUGAAAGAGGCGAUGGUGAUGAAAUGUAAAUGUCAUGGUGUUUCCGGCUCCUGCUCUAUAAGGACCUGCUGGAGAGGCCUGCAAGACCUGAGGGAGAUCGCCAUGGACCUGAAGACUAAAUACCUGUCUGCCACCAAAGUGGUUCACCGGCCCAUGGGGACACGCAAGCAGCUGGUGCCCAAAGACAUUGACAUCAGGCCAGUGAGGGAUAAUGAGCUGGUCUACCUGCAGAGCUCCCCGGACUUCUGCACCAAGAAUGAAAAACAGGGCUCUGUGGGCACACAGGACAGGCAGUGCAACAAAACCUCCGUCGGCAGUGACAGUUGUGACCUGAUGUGCUGUGGACGUGGCUACAACCCGUACACAGAGAAGCUGGUGGAGCGCUGCCAUUGCAAAUACCACUGGUGCUGCUACGUAACCUGCAAAAAGUGUGAGCGGAUUGUGGAGAGAUACGUCUGCAAAUGAGUCUGUGCCGCUGUCGGC